GGGGGAGGGAAAGGAAGCGAGCGCCACUCCAGCGUGUUUCGAAAAGAAACUAUUUUUGGCCAAGAUCAUGGCGGUGAAAGGGGCUGCCGCGAACACGGGGAUCUUGUUAGUAACAGCCAACGUUGGAUCCUUGUUCGAUGAUCCAGAAAAUUUGCAGAAGAAUUGGCUUCGGGAAUUUUAUCAGGUUGUGCAUUCACACAAGCCACAAUUCAUGGCGCUACACUGUCAAGAGUUUGGUGGGAAAAACUACGAAGCAUCCAUGUCUCAUGUGGACAAGUUUGUUAAAGAAUUGCUAUCAAGUGAUGCAAUGAAAGAAUACAACAGAGCCCGGGUUUAUCUGGAUGAAAACUACAAGUCACAGGAACACUUCACGGCACUGGGAAGCUUUUACUUUCUCCAUGAAUCCUUGAAAAACAUUUACCAAUUUGACUUUAAAGCUAAGAAGUACAAAAAAGUGACGGGAAAAGAAAUCUACUCAGAUACAUUAGAAAGUACACCUAUGCUGGAAAAAGAAAAGUUUCCACAGGACUAUUUCCCUGAGUGUAAAUGGUCCAGAAAAGGCUUCAUACGAACAAGGUGGUGUAUUGCUGAUUGUGCCUUUGACUUGGUAAACAUUCAUCUUUUCCAUGAUGCUUCCAAUUUAGUUGCUUGGGAAACAAGUCCGUCGGUUUACUCAGGAAUAAGGCAUAAGGCCCUUGGUUAUGUACUUGCCAGAAUUAUAGAUCAGCGGUUUGACAGAGUGUCGUAUUUUGUCUUUGGAGAUUUCAACUUUCGACUGGAUGCAAAGUCAGUGGUAGAGACACUUUGUGCGAAGGCUACAAUGCAGACUGUCCGGGCCGCUGAUACUAACGAAGUAGUCAAGCUAAUAUUCCGUGAAUCUGAUAAUGACCGAAAGGUUAUGUUACAGCUAGAAAAGAAGCUCUUUGACUAUUUUAAUCAAGAUGUUUUUAGAGAUAAUAAUGGCACUGCGCUCUUGGAAUUUGACAAAGAGCUGUCAGUCUUUAAAGACAAAUUAUAUGAACUGGACAUUUCAUUUCCUCCCAGCUAUCCAUAUAGUGAAGAUUGUAGCCAGGGAAUGCAGUACAUGAACACUAGAUGUCCAGCUUGGUGUGACAGGAUCUUGAUGUCACAUUCUGCCAAAGAACUGAUUCUAAAGUCAGAAAACGAUGAGAAGCAAGUGGUGUAUGACCAUAUUGGACCAAACGUCUGCAUGGGGGACCACAAGCCUGUGUUCCUGUCCUUUCGAAUAGCCACUGGGGCAGGUAAACCUAUUGCCAAUGUGCACAAGUGUUGUGUCGUGCAGUGAUGUGGUGGGAAAAGAUGCCUCCGAAACGAGAAGAUCUUUCGGGAAAGUUCCUUGUAGCAAAGAAGAGGAGGAGGAGGAAGGCCUCGGAGGUCCACCCCAUCGCCUGAAUCGAGACAUCACACCUUCCAGUCCUGCGUGCCACUCACCUUCGUCGUAGCAUUUCGAUUAGAAUUGUCAUUCCUGUUUCAUGAUGUUGACCAUACACUAUCUUCUGGCGUCCCGACUUU